UAAAGCGCCAUCACACUCACUUUGCUGAAAUUAGUACUGUCGUCACACGGUUAGCUCACGGUCGACCUUAGCUAAGUACUUCUCGAGUAGUACGAUGCCAGGAGGAGAUGAGCCAGUUUUCGGAGGUAGGGAAGCGUUUGCAGGUGCAGGCAGGGGAGGGAAUGGUGGUGCUGCUGGGCGAGCGAUCAGAGGUAGGGGAGGGAAUGGUGUUGGGGCCAGGGGACCUGCAGCCGUGGGUGCAGGCAUAGGAGGACAGUUCCAGUUCCAAGUAGGAGGGUACGGUGGCGGAGCCAGGCCAGCGGCAGGCAGAGGAGCAGCCAGACGACAGUUCCCGGUGGGCGGGUACGGUGGCGGAGCCAGGGCAGGGGCAGGCGGAGGAGAGUUUGUAGGUGCGGGUGGAGGACAGUUCCCGGCGGGAGGGAACGGUGGUGGGGGAAUGGGAGCUGCAGCCGUGAGAGCGUUCGCAGGUCCGGUCAGAGGACCGGGAUGGUUGUACGGUGGUGGAGUCCAGGGAGCUGCAGCCGUGGGAGAGUUUGGAGGGGCUAGGGGAGGAGACUUCAGAAGGAACGACGAUGAUAUUCUGCCCGCUGUUCUACCGAGGAAUUAUGCGAGGGUCGGAGAGUUGUGGCGUGGUCCGGCGGUGGAGUCCAACACUCAGGCGACCACUGGGUCUGGGACCGGCAGCAGGCCAGCCUCUACUACGACGAAAUCGCAAUCUUUUUCUACAGCUCAGACGACGAAUUCACAAUCUUUUUCUGCAGCUCAGCCGACGAAUUCACAACCACAAACAAGCGUGAAUUAUGACAACAUGUACCCCUAUCGGCAGCUGGGAUCCCAAACUUUACAAUGGCGUCAACAGGCACAGCACCACCCCAACCCUCCUCAGCAGCAGCAGACACCAUGGCGUCAACAACGGUCUGCUCAUGCUCUGGCUUCUCUAUUUUCUUUCAGAAUGCUCUGCUGCACGUUACUUUUGUUCGAGCGUUGUCUAACUUUCAAUCCUGUCAUGCUGCGUGAAAUGGUUGAACAGUGACAACGAUGUCGCGAACCGGCAGCUAAAUGCUGCGCGUGGCCGAUAAGGACCAACACAGGAAAUUAAACAUGGUGCCAAGAGACUAAACAAUUUGGGUUAAAUUAUAUUAUUAUAUGUAUGAUCUGUGUGUAUCUUUUUGAUGAGACAUUAUGAGU